AUGCCGAAGAGCAUUGCUCUCAUCUGCUUCCUGUCCCUGGUGAUGCUCAUGAGUGUUGAUGUCCUGGGGGGAACCUCCUGGUACAUGACGGCUGUCUGCAAGGACCGCCCAGCUCAGGACCGCAGCUCAGUGGAAUGGAGCACCUCUGCCAACUUCAAGAGCAUACUUGGCUCAGCCCAGGUGAUCGACACUAAGACCCCAGUCCACAGCAUCACAGGACUCACGACAGGAAUGCACUACUUUGUGAGAGUGACCGCCUACAACGUGAAGGGAUGGGGCCCGGCUCAGAGCUCCAGCCCAGUCAGUGCUACCCCCUCCAGCUGGAGGGAGUGUAUGGGAGUGAAAACUCCAAGCAGGAACAAGGAGGCUCUAGCCAGGAGACUGUUGGAGCAAACCAGAGAGCCACACUACAAGGGAUACUGUAUAGAGAGCUCCAAGCCCCAGAGCCCCAGUAAGCGCCUCUCUAUGUCUCGCAGCCUGAAGCUGCUCUUCCAGUCAGCCACCAAGUUUGUCCGUCUCCUACAGAGGGGUGUAUACCUGGCAACUGUGUUCUACAGAAAGGAAAACAUCCUGGUCACAGCAGAUGACCAGCUCCCAUUGGUGGAGAUCCAGUGCUGCUCCACCUCCAUCUCUCAGGACUUCCUUUGGUUUGCCAAGUUGUCCUGUGCGUGGCAACAGGUGCCCUGGCUCCAGCAGGCCCUCUCCUCCGCUCUCUCCUCCUCUUCAUCACUACUUCAGAACAGGCACAAUAUCUUGCAGGCUGUAGCACAACUACAGUCCUCUCUGGGAACAGUAGACUUGGGCCAGGUGUACUAUGAGCCUCUGAAGGACAAGCAGGGUAAUGUCCUGCUGGUGACAGUGAAGGAUUGUGCGGCCCACACAAAACCCCCGGACGUCCCUCUCCACUGGGUCCCCCUGGCCUGGCUGGAGAAGAACCGGAGCAGGACCCCUCUACUCCCAGAGCCUACUGCCAUGGACACCCUCACAGAGCAGCUCAAGGAGAAGCUGUCCUACCACAGACACAGUGUCCAGUGGGCCCAGUCUGGCCUGUACGUGGGCAUCUUGAAGCUGUGCAGCACAGUGGAGCAGAUCAGGGUUCUAGUGCCCCAGAGGCUGCCCAACCUGCUAUGCCACGCCAGAGUACGCCACAAUCCCCAUGUGUCCCGCGAUGAAUGGGCGUGGUUACAAAGCCACAACAUGUUAACAGCCAAUGAGGACACAGAGAAUGAGGAUGAGACCUCGAUGGACAGCUCUGGGCUGGGGGACUUUGUGAGGUCACUCAGGGCCGCUGUCACUCUCUUGUUGACAAAGCUCAACAUCCCCCUCUACAGGGCAUAUCAGUAUGGUGUGUACACUCGGGAGCUGCUGCAGUUUGGGGAUAAGAUGUCCAUGCUGCUCCUGCUGCCCCCCAGUGAAGACUUCAGUUCUAGCUACUGGCCCYURGUGGGCACCAAGGARCCAGGCCUCACAAUGCCACUGCAGAUMUUUGARCUGGGUAUGUAUUGGUGCCAGGGUUGGGUUUAAGUUUCAAGUAUUUAUUGUCAYGYGCACAAGUACAGUGAAAUGCCUUUCUUGUUUGCUCUUUCCCAACAAUGCAGUAAUCAAUAUCAGUAGUACUAUAAAAAAGUWAUAAAAAGURAAGUAGAACAAAAACACAKAAAUAGAAAUAAGAAGAAUAYGAGAAAGUAAGUAAGCUAUAUACAGGAUCAGUUCCAGGGUCAGUGMCAAUACC